UGUGACAGUAACGCUCCCAUCGGAAUUUCCGACCCAUCAAUAAUUUCUGACGGUCAGAUGAACGCCUCUUCCCAACAUGAUUCACCUCGUUACAAACCCUACUACGGUAGACUCCACGACAAAAGGGGUGAUGGUUGGUGUCCUAGUCCAACUGCCAAGGGUAACGACUCGCUACAGAUUGAUCUUCGAGACACGUUUGUAGUAUGUGCUGUCGCCACACAGGGGAAUAGAGAUGGCAAAACAUUGACUACAGCCUUUAAGCUGUCCUAUUCGUCUGAUGGAAAGAACUGGACAUUUUACAAGUAUGGCGAUUGUUCUGAAAAGGUAAGUUAUUGUUUGCCCUUGCGCUCUCAUUCCCCACGAAGCCCCUCACUCCUUACGUCACGUGUGGCACGCAUGAGUGUAUUUAUUUUCUUGGUAGUCGCAGUUACCUAGUAUAACAAAGCGUAAACAGGCAAUAUGAGUUACACUGAUUAGAAUCGGCUUAUUAAUCGUCGGUGAAAAAAAGUUUACCGUUGGCAAAUCGCAGCCUUUUUCUCUUGUAAAUAACAGCGAACUACAGACAUAACAACGCUGGAUUCAAUAAGCUGCUUGAAAUCCUCGUCCCUGAAACUCCGCUGAAACGAGAACGGUCACUUAAAAUUCAGCGAGCAAGGGGAAUGCGAGAUACGUACUUCUAGUUAAUAUAGAAAAAAUCUUCCAUAAUACGUUACGGUUCAGUGAUUUUAGGUAGCAUGCAAGUUGACGCUGAUUACUCCUACAAAAUAAGUCAGCCAAUGAACACGUUUGAAAUUUCAGUCAGCCAAUCAAAACUUACAUCUUCGACCUAAAAAAUAACUAAAAACGUGUCAGACCGGUUGAACUAGGCACGACAUAGAGAUAGAACAUGACUAACCGUUACUCGUACUGGUACCCACAUAACACAUCACCGCAGCAACAUCAACAGGGAAUGGGUUGCUUAAGAGCAUGCAACACAACAGCCGAUCCAUCAUAGGUAUCACAGCGGACCGCGGAGGGAACAGACUCAAGCAUGAAUAGUGAGGAUCAAAGCCCACAGACCAUUAAUAAUAAAUUAACCAACAUUCAUCGUGCUUCAGUAACCCCGAAAUCAUCACCAGAUGAAGCGGUCGAAACGUCGCGAUCAACAACAAAGCGACUAUCACGAUACGAACGAUCAUUACAUGUGUGUAUAGGAUAUUAGCUGUCUCAGUCCGGAUACAAAGUUGUCAGACAUAAAUCUUGUCCCAGCCUGAUCUUGUCCGUUCUUUUUAAGUCUGGACGACGAUUGUUUAAAGUUGAAAUUUGACGAUCUACGGUGACGUACUCUGCCCAGGACUCCGCAUCCACGUCCUCCGUAGUAGAGGUUGCCGUAGCGGUUUGCUUUAAGUCCCUAAUGUUUGUAUGCUAGUGCAGAAAAACUCCAAGACGCCAAGCAAAUACAAAACUAAGAACACUUUACCUGUAAUGCUUACGGUUUCGAAUCUUACACCUGAUUGACGUUUUCCUCGAAGACAUGACAUUCAAGAAUUACAGUCAACUCUUUCUACACGACGGUCAUUAUAGGGACCGGCACUAAGUUUGCAUCUUAGGCAGAUCUAGGCAGGUGGCCGUCAUUUGGCAGGAGCCCAGGGCCGGAGCGAGCAACUCCCAUUCUAGGCCUAUGUCACGGCGUUUUUACGGACCAGUUUAUUUUUAGACACAUUUUAGGAUACUUUUUCCCGCGAAAAUAGAAUUUCCAUCAAGUCUAUGAGCGCAUUCGAAGUGUAAGAUAUCAAAAAGGAAAACUAAAUGCUAUUAAAAGGCAAAAAAUAUCAUUUUUAGGUCUGUAGGUUUGUGGAAUUCAAAAGAUAUUCAAAAUUCGCGCCAAAGCGUUCUAAAAAAUAAAGAACCUCCCAAGCUGAAAUUAUGUUUAGAACGCUUUGGCAUGAAUUUUGAAUAUCUUUUAAAUUCCACAAACCUACAGACCUAUGAUAUCUUAUACUACGAAUGCGCUCUUAGACAUGGUGGAAAUUCUAUUUUCGCGGAAAAAGUGUCCUAAAAUGUGUCUAAAAAUAAACUGGUCCGUCAAAACGCCGUAACACGAGCUCAUGGAAGUUGCUCGCUCUGGGUUAUGGGCUCCUGCAUAAGGAAAAUCUAAUCAGGAAAGGAACGAGAAACGGUUUGAUCAAAACUUUUACUUUUCGUUGAAUGGAGGUAACCGUCUUAUGGAGGUGUCUUUUCGGAGAGAGUUGACGGCAUUUCUAGUGUUUUCGACAAGGCUAGGUCAUGUCGGAUCGACAGUAAUCGCAAUUACAUCAAAUAGGUGUUAGACUAUUAUUAUCAUUGCACUUGUCAAUAACCCCCAUAUUAAAUAAAAUAACUAUGAUUGUUUUUUGAAGGAAUUUCAAAGGAAAGGUAGCAGCGAUGAUGUUGACAAAUACAUUUUGCCAGUGCAAAUUCGUGUAAGAUUUAUCCGUUUCCAUCCUACAAAUCGUCAUAACCGGAGCUGCCUCAGGGUAGAAGUAUUUGGGACAAGAGGUAUGUUAUGA